UUGAUUCUAGAAGAAAAGGGAAAUUGUGUGAUAACUUCACUUACCAUUAGUAUCUCUGGUACUGAGAGAAGCUGGAGGAGAGGGGAAAAUAGACCUGGACUAGCUGGAAAGAUAAUAAUGCACAGAAGGAUUUUGCCUGGAGACAUGACACCUACGUGUGAGUGUUAAGGAGCUAUGUGUGUAAGAAGAGAAAAAUGAAGACAGGACAUUUUGAAAUGGUCUCCAUGUUGCUGGCAGCUAUGAUCCUAAUGGACAUCUUCCAGGUGAAAGCUGAAAUGCUAGACAUGGCAGAUAAUGCUUUUGAUGAUGAAUACCUGAAAUGUACUGACAGGAUGGAAAUCAAAUAUAUUCCCCAACUACUUAAGGAGGAAAAAGCAAACCAGCAGCUCUUGGUGGAUGUGUGGGAAGACGCAGCAUCCAAAUGGGAAGCCCGGAAGACUAAGAUGGUUCUCCCUGUGAAUUUUAAGGAUAACCAUGGAAUAGCCCUGAUGGCAUAUAUUUCCGAAGCUCAGAAGCAAACUGAAUUUUACCAUCUAUUCAAUAAAGCCGUGAAGAUGGCUGGCCAAUCUCGAAAAGAUUAUAUCUAUGACUUCCAGUUCAAAGCUUUUCACUUUUACCUGACAAAAGCCCUGCAGUUGCUGAGGAAGCCUUGUGAAGAGAGUUACAAAAAUGUGGUGUACAGCUCAAGCCAGGUUGCAUUUAUAUUUGGAGGGCUGAACCAAGUCAGGUUUGGCAAUUUCACCUUGGCCUAUGCAACCAAGCCUCAACCAGCUAAUGACCAACACAUUCUGUUAACCAUCCACACAUGCUUUGGGAUUGCUGUUGAAAAAUUUUUUGAUGACGAAGAUGAAAAGAUUGUUUUGAUACCUCUGAAUGAGGUUUUUCACGUGUCACAGGAUGUGACUGGCAAUAAUCUUAUCCUUCAAAGCACAAAUAAGACCUGCAGCCAUUACGAAUGUGCAUUUCUAGGGGGACUAAAAACAUCUGGUUGUGUUGAGAACAUGGAAUAUUUUCAGCCCAUCUACGUGUACAACCCUGGUGAGAAAAACCAAAAGCUUGAAGAUUCUGGAAUGAAAAAACAAGAGUCUACUAACUUCCCGGGUAUGAAGAGCUAUGACUCUACCCAGAUACCUGCUCCACGUCCGGGCCCAGAUCCAGUUCCAGGUCCCAAAACCCAUCCUUCUGCAUCAUCUGGCCAAACGCUGCUUCCACCUUUUGGGACAGUCGUCAUUUUAUUCAGUGCUUCUGCUAUGUUACUACAUAGCCCUGUAGCCUGAUAAAUUCUUUAUUGCUUGAAUUACACUACAGGGAUCUCACAUAAAGACACCAAAACGAAAGCUUUUUCCACUUGUUGGUCAAAGGUAGUUGACAGAAUGAGAAUUGUGUAUUUGUUAUUCAUUUUGCAAAUUCAUAAAGUCUGGCCAGAUCUCAUAAAAUUCGUUGUUCACUUAUUCCUAUACUAGGAUUACCAAAAAAAAAAAAAAA